AUGCCGCCUGCUCCGAUUUGUGCUCCGGCAGCUGCAGUGCCCACCUUGCCAGCGGUGGCUACGGCAAAUGCCCAGCACAUGCAGUUCAUCGAAGAGGCCCUGGAGGCCAUCCGCAAGCACCCGCUCAUGGCGGGCGUCGAGACAGCUGCUCCCCUGGACAUGGCUCACGGUGGCCGCGAGCCGCUGACAAACAACAAGGUCAAAGCAGCUCUGGCAGCGAAGAAAAUCCCCACCGGGGCUGGGAAUUUCUUUUGGCUUGACCUCAGCAUCGACCCAGUGUUUGCCCACGCGCCUGUGAAGUCGAAGCGCUGUCGCGAGAUUGCGGACAAGCACUUCUCGGAGCCCUGCCACCUCAUCUCCAAUAUCACGGUCGCGGUGCCGAGCUGCUGGCAGCAGAAGCCCGCUCUGGGUACCCAGAAGCUUCGCCGGAUCAGCCCAGUCGAACCGCUCCACACCUUGAUCAUGGCAAUUCAUCGUGAUGUCGAACAGGAAAAUGCAGCUGCCAUCUCGCAAUGGAGAGAAAUAUUGCUGACGACCAUGUUUACCUUGGCCCCGGCAGAGAACGACACAAGCGUGCAUCAGUUGCACACUCAACUCCGCGAGAAACCAGGCGUGGAACACGAGCUGGUCCGGCACUCCGCUCUCAGCCGCAUCCUAGACGUUGUGCAUUUUCACCAGCGGUACCACAAAGACUUAAAGCCGCCCAAAGGCAAGAAAGUCAGCCUGGCGAAGCUGCUCAGCGAGGAGUACAACAAAGGCGUCAAGCUCAACGCCAUGUCCGAGCCAGUCAGCGAGCUGUUCGUGGAGAGGGCGAUCUCGAUCGACAAUCGACUCCUGCAGAAAAGCAGCUACAUCCUCGCCAUCCUCAUGGACCUCGACGACUCGUUCGGCGUGAACGGCCCCAUUGAUUCCGUGCAUAAGAUAUACCUCCUGCUUUCCAAGGCCGGUGCCUCCGGGACCAACUCCCUGAAGAAGAUGGAGUGGUUCGUGGGAUACGUCUCAGAUUUGUUCAAGUUCGGCGGUGUCACUCUGGACGAAUGCAGCAAGGGCAAGCUCGUGGACCAGAACAGCGCCAAGAGCCUGGGUGAUGUGAUCUUGGCGAAGCCGGACAUCCUGGCAGAGCUGCUGCGGUGGGCCCAGGACAACGGCGUGCGCCUAGCUGUGCUGGAGAAGAUCAAGGAGAUUACCCAGUCCAUCGAGACGUUCCGCGAGGCUGUCGGCCGGCGCUGGGAUACGAAGACGAAGCCGCCUGCAGCCCCGUGGCGAGCCGGCUUCGGGGCGGCAGGCGACCAGCUGCUUAAUUUGAUCGAGGAUAUGGUGUACUUCAAAACCUACGACCACGCCAUUCUCGCGUGGGCGCUCUCCCGGAAGCCCCUGGCCGAGCUGCUGGAGACCCCUGCGCUACAGGACGUCCUCGCCGAGAUCAAAGAGGCCGCUGAGGAGGAGAACAAGGAGGCAGGUGUUGAGGGCGGAAGGACCCAGGAACCUGACUCCCAGGCCAUGGUUGUCGACCCGGAGGACGAAGUAUCGGCUGAUCGGGUGCAUGGUCUGGGAGCUGAUGCAGGCCUUCAGGCCAUCGUGUCGAACUUGAAGGAUUCCGGCGAGGCGCAGGAUGUGGAGGACCUCCAGAAAUUGGAAAGGUUCAUGUCCCAGGCUCAGGGAGUUGUGAACACAUACUGCUCCUUCGCCCUGGAGACUGAGACGGAUGCGGACUUGGUCAAGCAUUUGAAGGAGAGUGCAGCUGGAUCCCACGAGCCCAAGGUGUCCGAGAACGCCCAUGUCUUGUGCUAUUACAGCGCGCAAGACUGCGGCGAGGCAACGAGUCAGCCCCACCUCAGGACACCGGCCCUCCGGAACCGAGGCGAUCACCUUCAGCGCUUCAUUCAUGUGUGCAUGCAGCGCCGCGGGUUGGUUCACGAACUCCCCGAGCAGGACGUUUUCGCUCUCAACGAUUCCGGUCGAGAAGGAAACAAAGGCUUGAUGCUGGGAAAAUUCACUGCGAUCGGCGAGGCCGAGGUCGACCCGAGUACCGGGAAACCCAAGAAAGCGCCGCAACUGAGAAAGAGUGUGCGGUGUGUCACGGCGAUAAUCAGCGAGAACUCGCUGGCGAAGAGAGUGGAGAAGGUCAGAGGCUACAGCAGUGUGAAUCAGAUUCAGAGAGUUUACUUGGUGUCGGGCAAGGCCUUGCAAUUGACUCGGCACGAUCGCUUGCACACGGCGAAUGCAUCGAAUCGCGGCAACAUGAUCGGACCGUUUGUCGCGGAAGAUUGGGAGGGGAGCGACGUCUGGAAGGUGCCCGGAUAUUCGUCGGAGGCACAGCAGACAAGAAGGAACAAUGAGUCCGAGGAAGACGAGGCCAUUGCCACCGGGAAUGUCAAGAACAAGACGAGAGAGAAGCAUGAUCUUGAGCCGGUGCUUUUUCACUCGGCUCCCAUAGCUAUGAUGGAGGAGAUCCUGCACUCCUACUCCUACGAUAUCUCUGCUGUGAUUAGCAACGCCGGGGACGGCAAGCUCUGCGAGCUGUGUUUGGAGCGGAAGAUCCCCUUCUGGGGCCUGGCAUGGACGCAGGAACACAUUCAAGCCCUGGAAGCACGCCUGACGAAAAGAGUCUUCGACAAAAUGGCGGACAGCAAGUCAAAGCUGUACAAGCCAGCUUUGCGGACCAUCUUGGACCGGAACAGUGAGGAGCAGGAGGAGCCGGAGCCGAUCAAGAAGCGCAAACGUGCGGCGAAGGGGAAGGCGCAGGCCAAGAAGAAGGAGGGCGAGGGCGCCGGUGACGGGGAGAAGGAUGGCGAGAAAGACCCGGACCCGGAGCCGGUUGACAAGAAGCCGAGAGGUGGCAAGAACAAGGAUGACAAAGGUGGCAAGAACAAGGAUGACAAAGGUGGCAAGAACAAGGAUGACAAGGCGACAGGGUCGAAGGACCCGAUCCUGGACGAGAUCCUUCGCAUUGCCAGUGGUGCAGGGGGCGAGGAGGGCGGAAACU